CCAGAAGGUGGCCACUACCUCAGCAUCUAAGGGUAGUCCGGAGCAGGACCCAGAGUCAUUGUCGGCGCCUAAGAGGAAAAAGUCCAAGAAGCCAUCAGCCGACAGCGAUUCCUCAAAGACCAACGAGGAUGAUGCCCGGCUGCAGGACAUCUCCGGUGCAGUGGGUGAUGGCCUAUUGGUUACCCCAACAUCCCACCCAAAAGCAGUCACCGACGAGGGUGAAAUCAAUCGAAAUCUGAUGGCGCUAGUGCCACUGGCCAAGCUUCUCAAGGUAAUUGAGAAGCAUCUCACGGUAGUGGAGAAUGAGGUGGUCGAGCAGUCCACCAUGAUGAUGACGGCGGCUGCUGCCGAUCAGAGCAUUGCCAUCAUCCGCAAUAUUAUUGAUCCGAUCAAGCAAAUCGAAUCGAAGCUACGCGUCUACUCUGGCGAGACACAGAUCGAUGGCCUCAUCCAGUCUAUGGACGAGGACAUACGCAAACUUCACAUGGGCCUUCAAGUCAUUGAGAAGUGUGUGGAGAUCGAUGAGACCGGGGCAACGCUCAUUCAGCGUACCAGUGUCUGCAUCAUUGACAGCGUGGCCGAUCAAAUGAAGCGGGCCCUGGAGGAGUUGAAAAUCGUCAGCAGGCGGUUCGAGUCUGAGUGCCUGAGGGCACAAAUAGAACUCACCGCCGAUGACAUCCAGCAGGGGCUGGAUAUCACACAGGGCACCAUCAGGUCGCAGGCACUGCUGCAGGAGGCACAGGAACUGGAGGCAGCUAAGCAUUUUACCGAAGCCGUGGAGAAGAUGCAGGAUGUCCCCGACUCCGUAUCCUUUGCCACCAUAUCGGAGGCCAAUUUGCCCAGCGAAGCGAGCGCCCUCAAGGAGAUUUGCCAGCCAGUGGCCAGGAUUCAGGAGGCACUGGAACGGGUGGAGAUGGAGUUGUCGCUGGAGGAGUCGGAGGAGCAGAUCUACAAGAAAGUGCAUCAGAAGGUGCUCCAAAGUAUUGUGGAGCCCAUCAAGCAGCUGCAGAGCACCCUGCAGUCUAUCGAAGACAAGACCGAAUCCAUGGCAGGAUCCGAGUCGAUGGAGCAGAAGAUCAACAUGGCCAUCCUUGAUAUUGUCACGCCGCCGCUGUUCGAGCUCAAUAAGGGACUCGAGGUGAUUCUCAACGAGAAAUCUGACAGUGUGGAGGGUGGCAUGCUGACGGUUAGCACUGUGGAAUCGAUGGUGCCGCCCCUGCAGGAGAUACAGAAUGGCCUGGCGCAGCUGGGACAAGAUCUGGAAAGCGGCCAGGCAGUGAUGGCUGAUGCGGCGGAGCAGGAGCCCCGACCCGAGCCCGCACUGGAUGUGGCCGAUACGCAGAAACUGCUGCAGUCGUUUGCCCAGGCAGUGUUGCAUUUUGAAACGAACAUUGAAAGGAUUUCGCCUCGUCUCUCGUCGAAUGUGAAAAUCCGCUUGCUCAAUCUGAAGGAUGAGCUAUCCGCAUUGAUUGGCACCAUCCUGGACAAAGAUAUAACCAGGCAUCACGUGGAGCUGCUCGACAGACUCAAGCGUCCGGUGGAUGAAAUCAACUACUGUAUUCGCCAGACAGAGGUCAAGACUAUUUCCGGGUCGCUAGCAGAUUUAAUUGAGCCGCUGAGCAUGUUGCAGGAUAACACCCAGAAGGGCCAUGGCCUGCUCCUAACUGCACGGGAGCCGGAUCAGCAAGCACUGCAGACGCUCGACAACAUUAGAAGCAUCAUUCGCAACGCUGUCAUCGACAUUGAAGAGCAUGAGUUUAAGAUUCUUCAGCAAGAGAUCCAGCAGGAUGAACAGCAGGCCUCGCAGCAGGACAAAUCUUUUAGCGCGCUACGGAAGGUGCUGGAGACAAAGGUCUCCCUGGAUGAGGCUAUCGGAAAUAUUGAAACUCUGCAGAUGGCAUUAAACAAAAUGAGCGAAAGCCCCAGAGCCACUGAAACUGUCAAGACAUCCGCAAACGAUGCUCAAGUGUCGCUUUUGCGUAUCCUGCAGAUUGCCAAGGGACUGGCCACCUUCAGCGAGGCAGAGACAAUGCUCGACGUGAACGAGGCCAACACAUCCAGAGUCCUAUUCGAGUGCGGCAAAAGCUUUUCUGACCUAGCCAGAGCCCUUGAUAGUCCAGCAGCGCAGUCGGAAAGUGACUUCCUGAAUGCCCUUCAUCAGUUUAGCGAAAUUGUUGCCCAACAGAAGCAGAGCACGGACGAGAAACUCAGCAUAGCCAGUCAACUCUCAAGCCUGAUUCACGUGCUCGAAAGGGUACACCCAUUGAGGGCAUCUGUGGAAGAUCUAUCGGAAACAUUGGACGAUGUCUCAGUGCUAAAGUCGAUUGCAGAGUCAUUGCCCACGGAGCCCGAAGCAGAGCCCAUUAGCGUAGAGAAACCAUCGACUGAUGUUGGAGCCUUGCUUGCGGAUCUAAACCAUGGAAUAGCUUCGGUUCUAUCCCAUUGUGAAGACGUCGAUGUGACUUCUAUAGGCGGCAAUAAUGGCCAGCAGGUCCAUUCAGCUGUAAUCAAGAUGCAGGAACUGCAGAACAGCAUCGCUCUGGUGCAGGAGACAAACAUCGUGGAGGCGGCUCAUUCUUUGUCGGAGUCCAGUAAUCAGGGUACUUUUGCCGAGGCCCUUUGCAGUCUGGAACGCUGUGUCCUGCAUGUGGAGGAGUUUAUUGCCCACAGUGGGGUCGAGAAUAUCAGUGAUCUAGAACUAUCGAAACUUAAGACAUUGGCCACACCACUGCGGGAUGUAAGGGAAUACUGUGAACGGCUCGAUACUCAUGUGCUGGAGCAUGCCAUGGAUAUAUCCACGCAGGAGGACAUUUCGGACCUCAAGACCAGUGGGCACAAGCAAACCGUUUCGGAUAACAUCCAAGAGGUAGCUGUUUUAGAAGAAGAACCAAAGGUGGAAGUAUUCGAUAUACAGCAAGGUGUGGCGAGUGGAAUCAAGCAGCUCGAAGCCUGCCUAGUGGUCACCCAGACCGAUGCUAGCGAAGAACUCCAACAAGUUGGUGAAAUAAUGGAGCAGCUAAAGUCUGAUUUGGAGAGCAUUCAAGCUUCUCUUGUCUCGGGCAACGAUCAGCAGGAAACUGUCCUGGCUCAGGCAAAAAUUGCACGCACCAUGUUUAAAUUGAAGGAGUGUCUAGUGCAUACCUAUGAAUCGGGACUGGUUGACUCGUUGGAGAAUGUGGAGAGUGCUUUCGAGGACAUCCUACUUUCUUUGCCAGUACUGGAGACACAAUUGGCAGAGGAGAUGUUUGGCAAAAUCGAGCAAGUCUUCAAGAACCUCGUGAUCCAUUGUCAGAGUGCAGAAGCAGUGGAGCUUAUUUCCCUGAAGACACCCAUAGAGAAUCUUCUGCAGUCCAUAGGAGCUGUGGCAGCUCAAACCAAUGUUGAUGUGGAAAAGUCAUCUGCGGUAGUGGUUCAGCUUCAGACUAGUCUGAUGGCUGCAUUCAGAAGUCUAAAUGAGGUCAGCGAAGGGGCCAGCAAUGAACUGUUGGGUGGCCUGUUGAAAACCCAGAGCAGUCUAGUGACCGUCUUUGAUUUCAUAGAAAACAGCGAGAACUCGAUUCGCAUCAUAGAACUAUUGCAGGAAAUCGACUCCAUUACUGGAGACUUAAAGGCCCUAUCCCUGAUUCCAUUUGAGCUGACGGUGCCUAUUGACAUUGGCAUGAUAAUCGAAAACGUAUCGUCAGGUAAAGCCUUCCUAACUGAAAUCGAGGAGGGACUACAGGCCAACAAUCCCCAAAGCAUCCUUCUUCUGGACGAAAACACGGAGGACAUUGCUCAAUUGGAAGCAACACUCAUUCAAAUUGAGAAAGAAAUCCUUUCGCAGCCUCAACUAACACAAAUAAGCACACAGCAAUUCACUCUAAUAGAAACCGUGCAGCUGCAACUGAAUAAUCUGAAAGAUAAGCUAACUGAACUGAACGUUUCCCUUGCCGAACUUAAAAAAGAACCCGAAUCGGCCCAGGAAUCAGACCUGAACGAAGAGAAAGAGGACCUUCGGGAAGACACUGAACCCGAACCUAAAAAAGCUAAACAAAUGGUUAUCGAAGAACCUAUUCAGCAAACUGAGAAGGAUGUCUCGCGAGAUGCGCCAAACAUCGAAAAGGUCAAAGAAAGUGGAGUGCCUGAGGAACAACAUGCCGAAACUAAGAAAGAAACUCAGACUGAAGAGGAUGCUGACAAGAAGGCCCAAAAGACAGAAACUUUGAAAGAAAAGUUCUUGGAUCUAUCCGAGGCGCUUGCUCUCAGCACAAAUAACGAGGAAUUGCAGACAAUUUUGACGGAAAGCCAAGAUAUUAUCGAGAAUCUCAGUGAUGUUGACAAGGUAGCCAAGUCCAUAUUUAAAUUACAAGAGCAUAUCGUUCAUACCUAUGACGGAAAGUCAGCAAAUGAAGAUAAUGAUAAGCCAAUCGCGGUCGAAUUUAUCGAAGCCCUUCUAGAGGCCUGCCCAGACGCAGCUGAGCAACUAAUUCACAACUAUCUUAAGGAAAUUAAGACAAAUGUGAUUCUAACUAAAGCUUCAAUUCAGCUUAUCGACGAGAGCAACAUGUUCACCAAACCAUCCCUGUUGGUGCCGAAACUAGUUAAUCUGGAAAGGAUUGCUGAGAAAAUUCAGUCUUCUCAACAUUUAGAUAAGUCAUCCGAAAAGAUGAUCAGCUUGCAACAGAAUCUAAUGGAUAUUUUCAUAAUACUUGACGACCUACUAGACGAGAAGACGGAAAUCUUAAAGCCAAAAAUUGAAGCAAUUAAGUCGAUUUUGCUCGGCGAGUAUGACUAUAUUGAGAAGAAACAAGGAGAUCUUCAUACUGCCAUUGUUCAUGGAAAGAUUCAUAAUGUUACGCAGAAGAUGUUAAACAUUUGUGAAGAUCUGAAAGACUUGAUUGGAAAACAAACUCAACAUAAAGAAGUAGACGAAAUUGCGGAGGCUGAAAUUCUUUUUGAACAGAUAUCCGAGGAAAGAGAGGAAGAUCUCAAGAAGAUCAAGAAAGCUGAGGCAUCUAAAGUUCUUUCUGAAAAGAUAUCAGAAGAAAAUGUAGAAGAAAGUCAGAAGACGGAUGUCAAGGACUCCGAAGCUAAAGCGCAGAAAGCAAAGGCACUGGAGAAGCAAGAACUCGAGGAGAAACAACUGGAUGAGACGAAACAGAAACAAACUGAGAAGGAUGCAGAAAAGAAGUCACAGAAGGCAGAAAAAUCUGAGGUUGUUGCUGAAAAGAUAUCUGAAGAAAAGUUAGAAGAAAGCCAGAAUGUGGAUGUUAAAGAUUCCGAGUCUAAAACCAAGAAAGCAAAUGCCCUGGAGAAGCAAGAACUCGAGGAGAAACAACUGGAUGAGACGAAACAGAAGCAAGCUGAGAAGGAUGUAGAAAAGAAGUCCGUAAAGGCAGAAGAAUCUGAUGUUGUUGCUGAAAACAUUUUUGAAGAAAAAGCAGCAGAAAGUCAGAAGGCGGAUGUCGAGGAUUCCGAAGCUAAAGUGCAGAAAGCAAAGGCCCUGGAGAAGCAAGAACUCGAGGAGAAACAACUGGAUGAGAAAAAACAGAAGCAAGCUGAGAAGGAUGCAGAAAAGAAGGCACAGAAGGCAGAAGAAUCUGAGGUUGUAGCUGAAAAGAUAUCUGAAGAAAAAGCAGCAGAAAUUCAGAAGGCGGAUGUCAAGGAUUCCGAAGCUAAAGCGCAGAAAGCAAAGGCCCUGGAGAAGAAAGAACUCGAGGAGAAACAACUGGAUGAGACGAAACAGAAGCAAGCUGAGAAGGAUGUAGAAAAUAAGUCCCUAAAGGCAGAAGAAUCUGAUAUUGUUGCUGAAAAGAUAUUUGAAGAAAAAGCAGAAAAAAGUCAGAAGGCGGAUGUCGAGGAUUCCGAAGCUAAAGUGCAGAAAGCAAAGGCCCUGGAGAAGCAAGAACUUGAGGAGAAGCAACUGGAUGAGAAAAAACAGAAGCAAGCUGAGAAGGAUGCAGAAAAGAAGGCACAGAAGGCAGAAGAAUCUGAGGUUGUAGCUGAAAAGAUAUCUGAAGAAAAAGCAGCAGAAAUUCAGAAGGCGGAUGUCAAGGAUUCCGAAGCUAAGCCGCAGAAAGCAAAGGCCCUGGAGAAGAAAGAACUCGAGGAGAAACAACUGGAUGAGACGAAACAGAAGCAAGCUGAGAAGGAUGUAGAAAAGAAGUCCCUAAAGGCAGAAGAAUCUGAUAUUGUUGCUGAAAAGAUAUUUGAAGAAAAAGCAGAAGAAAGUCAGAAGGCGGAUGUCGAGGAUUCCGAAGCUAAAGUGCAGAAAGCAAAGGCCCUGGAGAAGCAAGAACUCGAGGAGAAACAACUGGAUGAGACGAAACAGAAGCAAGCUGAGAAGGAUGCAGAAAAGAAGGCACAGAAGGCAGAAAAAUCUGAGGUUGUUGCUGAAAAGAUAUCUGAAGAAAAGGUAGAAAAAAUUCAGAAGGCGGACGUCAAGGAUUCCGAAGCUAAAGUGCAGAAAGCAAAGGCCCUGGAGAAGGAAGAACUCGAGGAGAAACAACUGGAUGAGACGAAACAGAAGCAAGCUGAGAAGGAUGCAGUAAAGAAGGCACAGAAAGCAGAAGAAUCUGAGGUUGUUGCUGAAAAUAUAAUUAAAGAAAAGGUAGAAGAAAGUCAGAAGGCGGACGUCAAGGAUUCCGAAGCUAAAGCGCAGAAAGCAAAGGCCCUGGAGAAGCAAGAACUUGAGGAGAAACAACUGGAUGAGAAAAAACAGAAGCAAGCUGAGAAGGAUGCAGAAAAGAAGGCACAGAAGGCAGAAAAAUCUGAGGUUGUUGCUGAAAAGAUAUCUGAAGAAAAAACAGAAGAAAUUCAGAAGGUGGAUGUCAAGGAUUCCGAAGUUGAAGCGCAGAAAGCAAGGGCCCUGGAGAAGCAAGAACUCGAGGAGAAACAACUGAAUGAGACGAAACAGAAGCAAGCUGAGAGGAUGUAG